GCAGUCUAAGUUUCACUUUGUUGACUAUAUAAAGUGAACUACUAAGAGUCUUGAAUAUAUUCUCUCAGACACAAGAAGUGAGAGUUGAAGAUCUACUGAGACAAUGGAGACACAAAGGAUCCUCAUGAGGAGUUUGGCUGUUGUGUUCAUUGCAUCUGUGAUCUGGACUAUAACAGUCUCAGCACAUCCUGUUGAAAAGGUGAGCACAUGCUGUACUGUCGUCUCCACAGCAGAGUUCACUGAUCCUAUCAUCGGUUUCAGGAUGCAAAAACAAAGUCUUCCAUGUGUGAAGGCCAUCAUCUUUCAGACUGAACGAGGAGAGUUCUGCAUUGAUUGGACACGACCAUGGGUGCAGAAGAAAGUUAAGGAGUUUAUCAGAGCUCAAAGAAACAAACACCUGACUUCCGCGCCACCACCAGCAUCAUCUAUCAGUGAGCACACUCGUGUGGGAGGAUCUACCCAAUCAACUCAUGCUCAUGAAUCAUAAACAUCUGAAAAUAAACUCAUAAUGAGAACACAUCUUGAAGUAGUUAAUGUGUUUAGAAACUAUUUUUAAAAUGUAAGUUAUUUCGCUGUUGUAUUUUGAAAAUAUCUAAAACGAAGUUUGGUAAAUUAUGUGUAUUUAUAUUUAAACUGAAUAUUUAAAUAUAUGUUGUCAUACAUGUAAAGAAAUUUGGCAGUGACAAGUCAGUUCUUAAUUUAUUCAAUUUGAAUAAAGAAACUGAGGUAUAGUGAAACUGUUUUAGAACAAAUGUAUUUAAAUAAAAUAUUAGAAUAUAUUAUAUUUCACAUUGAAAUAUAUUUCACUCAAUGUACUGGAAAUGGACUUGUGUCAUUAACUCCUGUGUGAAGAAGGGUGACGCAAGUCUGAGUGAAACUGAUUUGAAUGAGAACAAACCUGAACAUUUUUGUCAGUUGAAUGUGUAAAUGAACGAGUGCGAUCUGAAACUACAAAUAAACAAUGAUCAGCAACU